AUGCCGGCAUCACAGCCGACGAACGAAGCGCGACCUGAUGAGAACAAAGAGAAUAUCGCACCUAUCCGGCACGUCACUCCGACUGUCCUCGUCGAAGAGGCUCAGACAUACCAGGCGAAUGAGGCUAUCGCUAUGCGCACACGACGCCGCAUGGCCCAUGCUCAGCAUGCCAGGCCAAUGACUCCUAUACCAACGACGCCACGGAAGCGACGGAUCCUGUCGCCGCCUACGUCAUCGUCAUCAUCGCCUUCUUCUUCAGAGCAAGCCCAUACCCCUUCGCGAAAGCGGACCAAGACGGAACACGAAUCCGGGUCGGUUCGUGAUGCUCCACCGGCGCCCGUUCAGCCGACGCCUCCUGCUACGCCGACACGAAUGCCCAAUGUGUAUGCACAGGCGCGAGCAUUGCUCCGGACAGAGGUCCUUGUUGGUCGUGACAUGGAGCGAGCGAGGUUGCAUGCGUUUCUCGACGCAAGUCUCUCGUCUUCUGACACACACGUGCGUGAGCAAGUGUCUGGAUGCUUGCACAUAUCAGGCAUGCCUGGAACGGGCAAGACAGCACUCGUGCGUGAUGUGCUUCGCGAACGCAUGGAUGCAACGCAUAUCUACAUCAACUGCAUCGGAAUAGCGCAUCCGCAGGAAGCUGCACAGCGUAUCGCUGCAGCCCUCGACGUGCCAGAUCUAACAGCGAUUGGCCGUGCGCCAGCGCAGUCGCGGCCACUGAUUGUCGUUUUGGAUGAAAUGGACCACUGGCUCCAUGUGUAUGCACACCAAGAUAUCCUGCAACGGAUCUUUUGCCUUCCGAAGCAACUGGCCGGCAAAGUGCCCAUGGCGCUGGUCGGCAUUGCAAACUCGCUCGACCUCACAGAAAGGUUUGUUCCUGUCGUGCGAAGCAAGGGCGUGAAGCCUGACGUGCUGCAUUUCGCACCGAUGCAGGCUGAUCAAGUGCUGGCUUUGCUAGAAGCACGUCUCGCUGACAUGCCUGGGCUGUUUGGACGUGCUGCAUUGCAGCUCCUGGCUCGGAAGCUGACGGCGUCGUCUGGCGACAUUCGCCGCGCUCUUGAUACCUGUCGCCAGGCGCUCGACCUAGCAGAGAACGAGUUUUUCCAGCAACAGCAGCAGCGACAGCACAACUCUCAGCCCGCGUCGACGACGCAGCCGACGCCUGUAAGUGUCACGCCCACCCACAUUCUUCGUGUGCUUGCUCACAUGGCGGGGCAUGCACAAUCGGCGCGUGUCCGCUCUUUGGGCGUGCACGCCAAGCUUCUCCUACUCACAUGGGUCGUUCUGCAAGAGCAUGCUGAGGCUGGCUUGUUCAAGUCAGGGGGCACGACUCGCGGCGACGGCGGUGUGUGUUUGAGUGACUUGGAGGCCGCGUAUGCACGUAUGCUGGAGCAGGAUGCGGCGUUCGUGACACCACUAGGUGGCUCAGAGCUCCUGGAUGUGCUUGAGCGUCUCGAGGUCCAAGGCCUCGUUCGUAUCUGGUCUGAUGUCGGUGGGGGAAGCAUGCAGCAGACAUUUGCCAGAUCGUCCAACGUCUCACGCACAGCAAGCAGCAGCAGCAGCAGCAGCAGUAGCGCUGGCCAUGCUUGCGGCAGCGGUAACAGUCAUGCGGCUAAACGCUUUUCGCCCAGCGGCAAACGCGCUGCUGCCCGUCAGAUGCUAUCGACCAACCGACGUAUGGCACCAACGCUCGAGCGCGAGUGCAUCGUGCGUGCGCUUACGGCAGGCGCUGUGACCGGCGCGGAAAGUACACACACACCUACUGUCGUGGAUGCUAUGAGUCGGCUGCUUCAACGAGCUGAGCUGGAUAUUGCUAGGCAGACCAAAUGGCGCUCAGAAAGCGAAGAACGCGACCGAACGCGACGUGAAGAGCUCGGUGGUGGCCGGCGUGCGAUAGCCGGCAUGCCCUGA